AUGGCGAUCUUAAAACCCUUUCAGCUUUUAGAAAUAAACAUAAUUUCUGCACAAGAUUUGGAGCCCGUUUCGAAGAAAAUGAAAACAUAUGCAGUUGCAUGGGUGAAUCAUAAUCGAAAGCUUUCGUCUCGUGUCGAUUCGAAGGGAAAUAUGAAUCCCACAUGGAAUGAUAAAUUUGUUUUCAGGGUUGAUGAGGAAUUUCUACGACGUGAUACAUCUGCUGUUAUGAUUGAAAUAUACGCUGCUCAUUGGUUCCGAGACACCCUUGUUGGCACGGUUCGAAUCCUCGUCGGAAACCUAAUUCCUCCACCUGCUCAGCCGCACCGCCGCCGCCAACGUUAUGGUGGAAUGCGGUUUGUUGCACUUCAGGUACGUCGACCAUCAGGACGACCACAGGGAAUACUGAACAUUGGUGUGGCCGUAUUGGACAGUUCAAUGAGGAGCAUGCCAUUGUAUGCACAAUGCGCUUCGGCAUUUGGAUUUCACGAUUUGAUGGAUGACCCAAAUCUAAAUAACCAUCUUCAUAACAAAGAAGAUGAACACGACAAUAAUCAGCCACCGACUCUCAAGCAUAUAUUGCGCCGUUCGAAAAGUGAGCGUAGCGAACUCAUACACUUGGACAUUUGUUCCGACACCAACAGUUCAUUGAUUGCAAUCCCAAAAAAGAUGGGGGCACGAGGGAAUGGCGGGUCGACACUGAGUAUAUCAGAAGCUGGGGAGACUUUCGUUAAGAGCAAGAAGAAGAAAGGCAAGGCGAGCUCGGUUAUCAGUGGCGCAGAGCUUCGGGAGAAACCGAAACAAAAAAGUAAGAAAGGAAAGUCAAGUUCAGUGGUAAGUGAUUCAAUUGUUAGCAAAGAAACCUCUGUUAAUGGCAAGAUUGCUAAGCAAGAUUUGAAGAAGAAGGGCCAAGAAAAUGUCGACAAAAAUAAUGAAAAACCGGGGCUGGAAUCGAAGGCGUUCGAUGAAAAACCAGGUAAGAAAGUUGGGGUACAAACUAUAGAGAAACCACCAGUACCAACUAUUGGAAAGCCUAUUUCAAAGUUCAAUGGAUAUGAAUAUGGUGAUGCGCCAAAAGGUGGCAAAUUUUUUAUUGGAGCACCAUUCAAAGCUCAUUCAAUUUUUUCCGACUCCGAAGUCGGCCCCCCACCAUCUGAGGUGGCGGCCAUGAUGGCAGAAAGAAAGUACCUUUUGGAUGAUAAUCAGAGCUCUGUGUUGGAUGGUUGGAGCUUGGAUGAAAGUGUUGAAGGGCUUAAAUCAAAGCUGGAGAGGUGGAGAAUGGAGCUGCCACCGGUGUAUGAUCGAGGCUUCUCUACGAGUAGCUACCAGUCAAGGUCAAGUGCUCGGCCAAGCCAAAGGCAAGCUGAUAAAAGCAUUGGCUUAUUCUCCUGCUUUGGCAACAUAUGUGGGUAUGAGUGCCAAUGCGUAUGCGGUAAGCCUCCUGGGAGGAGUAUGAGCUCAACCAGGUUACGUAGCCCAGCUACCACUCCGGGCCAAUCAUUCUUUUGA